AUCUCAGAAAUCCGCAGACUCAGUGAAUCCAUAUUCCAUCCAAAAACUCAAUACAGACAGCAGGCUUUUUUAUACACUCAGUAACUCUGAAUACCCAGAGUCACACACAUUCACCUAGCUGUCUAUGUGGGGACAUACCAAAUCUAAAAUAUAUGGCAACAUGCAAACUCAAAAGAAGACUGUAAAUUUGGUUUUCUCUAAUUUGCUUAACUUACAUUAUCCAGCAAUUCUGGCAACAAAGUAGGCCUACAAUAUUCUUAUUUCUCUCUCAUGUAUGCAUGCUCUUUCUCCUUGUAUCAUACUGAUCUUUGGCUUGACUAGGUAAUGGUAAGAGACAUCUAACCCCUUUUUUUGUGACAGAAAUUGCCUAACUCAGGUGUGCCUUAUUUACGUCUUUGCUUGAUGCAUGUUAUUCCAUGUGCGUGUGCUUGAAGUUCAUGCUUCAAUAGAAAUUUUAGGAUUAUUUUUCGGUAAAUGUUUGUGGUUGCAUGCACAUUCUGAUCUGUGUGUGUGUGUCUGUGCUUUUGUGUGCUUGUCAAUGUGUGUUAAUCAGCAGGAGCACAAUGGGAUUAGACUGAGAGCUUUUGGCCAGGCAGGAGAGAGAGAACUUUUUAACCCUGAGUACUUAGCUGACUGUAUUUUUUUUUGACUAAAACUAUUAAAAACCCUUUAAAUGAAAUAAAAUAUAAAUAUUAGAUGAAAAACACAAAUGAAAAAAAUGUAAACGUUGCCUUUAACAAAAAUUCUAACUAAAAAAAAUAAAUUAAAAAGACAAAAAACAAACAUGAAGACCAAAUUUCACAACCAAAGAAACAGCAAGCAACACAAUGAAUUUACCACGAAUUUCUGAAGUAGAAAAUAUUAAAAUAGCAUUUUGUGUAAAACAUACUCCAGUAAUCUUGUUGUAUUUAACAUACUUGUUGUAUGUCUUUUUUGACAGCGCAGCCUUUGUAAAGAGUGUGGGAGAAGUCAUAGUGAUGUUUGAUGAGACAUCAUGGGUGAGGUGUCAACGUCAUAUUAGCAAAGUGACAACUAAAAAUACAAGAUCUGCUUUUUUAGAUGACUAACUCUACCGGUUUGAUUGACACGUGGAGCUGAAAGUUAUGCGCUCAAGAGAGAACAGGGUAAGGCAAGUGAAAUAGAGGAGGACAAGAGGGCGGGAGAGACAGGGAGGCUGGGCCGGCGAGAAUGAAUGAGAGGGAGGAGGGGGAGAACUUUGACACUGAGGGCCAAAGGACAGGUUUGCCAGACAGGAGAGGAUUCAGAGAGAGAAAGACAGACUUUAGACUUCUGAACUAGUCAGUAACAACACGCCUGUCCCUCAGGCAGAGGAAAAAGAAAGAGGCAAAAGAAGAAUGAGAGAGUUGAUUAUCUAGAAAAAGGGUGCAUAGCUUCUCUGUGACUGUGGUGGGAUUGUGUGUUUGGGAGCCUGAACUUUUGGAUUCAGUAUGGAUGGGAAUUCCUGCUGUGCUUGUCCGAUGGGGAUUAUUCCAUGAAUUGCUGGCUCUUGUAACUGAUAGCUGAUGGCGAUGACAGCCCUGUUCAGAAUGAAGUGGGGACAUAAACCUCAAGUGGUCCAGCCUAAACCUCAGGCGCCAGUGCCCCAUCUGCCCAGCGAGGAUGAUGAUGAUGACGACGACGAGACAUUGUCCAUGAGAGCUCCGAUACGCAGGAAUUCACGGUUUUACCGUUCAAUGAGAAAGAAAAAGUUGUCUUCAUCUUCAGAACAACAAGAAAGCCCCACUUCCUCUCCUAAACCAGCAGUGGACCCCGCCUCCUUCAAUAGACUCAGCCCCUCUGCAGCGAAUCGACUUCUACCCUCUCCCAGAACGCAUCAUCCACCUUCUCGUUCUGGAAUCUCGUUGCCGAGCAACGGGAUUACUGUGCUGGGAGGAGUUCGCUCUCGGUCUCCGUUGGCGACGCCGGGAGGUUGGGCGCGUAGACAAGAAAUGGAAGAGCUGAGUGAACGGACGACAAGUGCCUGCACUGUGCAGGACAAUGACAUUCACACCACUGUUGACCCUGACAGCAUCACACUCCGGCUGGUGAGGAAUGGUGAAAGUCCGCAGAAGAUGGCAGUAGAGAAUUCCUGCCGCAAUCUCAACAUUGUGAAGAGCGUUGAUGUUUUGUAUCAAGAGUACAGAGACACCUCUAAGCAGCAGGAGAUCGAGCAGCGUCGACAGAGAGAUGGGCUUCCAGCUGCGGGGUCAGGGGUCACGGCUGCGCCCGCAUUGCAGCUACAGCUGAGGAACGGCAUGCAUUCACUGAGCCUCUGGCAGAACCUGGAGGUUGUGAAAAACAGUGGACUACUGAAGACCCUAGAGCCAAAGGAGAUCAUAGUGCAGGAGGCCAUGUUUGAACUGGUGACUUCUGAGGCAUCGUACUACAAAAGUCUGGAGCUGCUGGAAACUGACUUUCUACGAAACCCUCUGCUUGUUAACACCUUGAGUCAGUCUGACAUGCACUUCCUGUUCUCCAACAUUAAGGACAUCAUGAAGGCAAGCGAGAGGUUCCUCAUGGAUCUGGAGCACAGGAUCGAAGAGUCCAUCCUGAUCUCAGACGUGUGCGACAUCGUUCAUUUUCACGCUAUUAAAAACUUCCAAGUCUUCGUCACCUACGUCAUCAACCAGGCGUACCAGGAGAAGAACUACCGACGGAUACUACAAGAAAAUGCUCUUUUCCGAGAGAAUAUAUCCAUUUUGGAGAAUCAGCCGAAAGUGAAGGGCCUCUCGUUUACCUCCUUCCUCAUCCUCCCUUUCCAGCGGAUCACACGACUCAAACUACUUGUUCAGAAUAUUCUGAAGAAGGUGGAGGAAAAUUCGGAGAGAGAAAAGACUGCAAUAUUGGCUCAUCAAGAGUUGGAAAGGAUUGUGAAGGAUUGCAAUGAAGGAGUGAGGAAGAUGAGUCGCACCGAGGAGCUGAUCAGCAUCGAGAAAACGCUUGAAUUCAAAUCCAAGUCAGUGCCGGUGAUUUCUCACUCUCGCUGGCUCCUGAAGAAGGGAGAGGUGCAGCAGAUGUCCGGGCCCAAGAGCACCAGGACCAUGCGCAGCCGCAAGCUCUAUCACCCCAUCUACCUGUUCCUGUUCAAUAACCUGCUGCUCAUCACCAAACGCAGCUCCAGUGGAGAGAAGUACCAGGUUCUGGACUCCUGCAGUCGUUCCAUGCUGAGGACUGAAGACCUGGAGGAUCAGGGUCAGAUGCUGGCCUCUGUGUUUGUGCUGAAACUGCUGGAGAACCAGGAGGACAGAGAAGUCAGCUACAUGCUCAAGACUGAAAGCAUAAGCGAUAAACUGCGCUGGAUAUAUGCUUUGACUCCAAACCGCCGUACGAGAUUCCUCUCCACCAGCACUCACCAACCAGAUUCUCCCCAGGUUCAGUGCAUCCAGUCGUACUCCUCUCAGGAACCUGAUGAGCUCUGUGUAGAAAUGGCUGAUGUGCUGCACAUUCUGGAGUGCACCGAUGAUGGCUGGAUGUUGGGUGAAAGGUUGCAUGAUGGCGAGCGAGGCUGGUUCCCCAUCCGUGUGGUGGAGAGGAUCAUGAGCGCAGAAGUUCGGGCUCAGAACCUUAAAGAGUGUCAACGGAUCCAGCAGGCUCAGGAAGGAGCGCAGGGGGCCAGAGCUGCCUCCAGGGGGCGCCGCCCAGCCAAAAGCCCCCAAUACACUCCCACCUGGACUGACCUGUAGAUAAGGAUCAAGAAAUGGCAUCGCAUAACCACCACAACCAUCCUACGUUCUCCUAAUUCCUGACCUGGAAGCGGCGCCCCCUAGAAGUCGUGGCGGACCGCUAGUCAUUCUGUGUCCAGUGUUUUAUUGAAUACGUGUCCGGCGUCACACUGAGGACUCAACAGGGUCGUGGAAGAGCUCUUGCACUAUAAGCACUUGUGUUUCUGAAUCGCUGCUUCCAUACAGUCCUAACACGCUGUCAGCAUGAAGGAUUUCAACUUCCACAAUCACACACGGGGACCACUUUUCUGACACAUUUGUGGUGAAGGAAAAUAAACGCUACAUCAGGACUUUUGUAAAGUCGUAAUGCUUCUCUGGAAUGUAUUAAUGUGCAUGGUCACACCUUACUGGUUUAGGACAAAGAGGAUGUACUGUACCAUAUGCAGCUCAUCCUCCUCCCAUCCACAUGAAGAACAAACCGAAAAUAAGCGAGCGAAGUUAAUCAAAUGCACAUAUAUAUGGCAUUUUGAAUGUGGUAAUUUGAAUGAAGAAAAAACUGCAGAUGAACAACACUGAGGCGUUUUUUGCACGUGCUGCAUGAAAGUGUGUGUACAAUCACAUACACAUUAAACCAUGUUUUCCCACACAAACACACUACACACAAGAGAGUAAUGUUGUUAAACCAGUCUAACAACUGUGUCCUAACCAGAUGCAACAUGGUAACUUUCCAGCAAAAAGCCAUUUGUCCAUUCUGAAAGAGAAAAUGCUCCACGAUAAAGUUUAAUAUUAACUAAUCACAUUUUUGGAUGCACAAACAAUUUAUAUCCAGUUUAUAUAAUUGUGUAUGCAUUUUUUCUUUGCAUGAUUUAAGAAGUUUUAAUAAGCACAAUUUACCAUGGUUAUUUUUUUUUCUUCUUCUUUUUGGUCCAUAAGGAUAUGUAAAAUAUAUAAAUAUAGCAAAUAUGAGAUGCAGUUGCAUUACUAACAGGAUUGCUGCUGUGAACUGACUUUAAGGGAUUUUUUUUUCAAUAAAUGUUGUUCCAAACCUACCAUAUUUUCUUUGGACCACAGGAUAUUAUAAUUUUUUUAUUAUUAUUUUUCAAAAACAUCCACUUACAAAGAAAGUUGAAUCUGGUUUGGACACGGUUUAACAAUCUUUUCCAAGAGAGAAUGUAACAUCUAUGAGAGCUGAGUCUUGCUGCUCUGCUGGAGUUGGUGUUUUUAUCGUUGUGUGCAUGUUCACAUGAAGACCUCUCAUGUUCAGACAUGGUAAAAGAGUCGUUGCCAAAUAAUUGUCCGAUUUCAUUUUGUAAAAGAUAAUUUAUUGUUAAUGAAAAUAAAUCUUGAAUGUUGAGACCUUGUCA